CCUCCUCUCUCUCUCUCUCUCUCUCUCUCUCUCUGGAGAGCGAAGAGAAAAACCUAGAUUCACGUCCUUAGGGUUUCGUAGCGCGAGGGUUCCAGAUCUACCUCCGUCGCCGUAGAUCGAUCCGGAUUAGGGUGGAAUGUCGACAAUGGAGCACCUCUUCAUGCAGAUCUUCGAGAAGAAGAACUGGAUCGAGGGCCAGCUCAGGCAACAGAUCGAUUCCUACGGCCAGUCCUUGGCCUACAACCUCCUCGCCGAUGGUGGUCACCCUCCGCCAUGGCUAUGGACUAUGGAACCAGACGCCCCUGGUUGCCCUGAUAGCAAAGGAAUCUUAUUCCCACUACCAUGGGCUACCACUCCUUCAACAAACCACAACAAUUUUUACACCUUUCCAGCUCCGAAGGAUAAGAAUGUAUCCCAGCCCAGUAGCUUCUUCAAUGAAAUUGGUGCUUCAAAUAAAAAUUUCUUCACCGAGCCAAUUGAUGAAGUGGUUCCUGAUGAUUUCCUUAAAGACACUGAACGAGAUUCCAACAUGAUAGGCUUGAAAGAUGUUGAGGCCAAUGCUGAAUUUGACAACCUUGCAAAGAUACAGCAUUCCAGAUUGACGCAAAGGGACCUAGAGAAUCAUCUCAGUAAGAAAGCAAAAAUUAGAAGUUUUGGAGAUGAAAGUACUAUGGAUCAAUAUACUGGUAGAACUACUCGUUCUAGGUUUGCCUCCUUGAAGCCUGAUAGUAUUAAAGAAACUUCAAUUAUGACGAACCUGUUGGCUUUUGACAAUGUAGAUGGUGGUCGAGCCACUAGAUCAAGAAGAGCAUCUCAGAAACUUGAUUUUCCUCACAAGUUAUCAAAACCAGCUAAAACUUUAAAACCCAUGGAAUAUGGAACACAGAAAGCAUCAGAGGAUCAAAUGGGUUGCUGGCCCGGUACUUCUGCAAAUAUAGAUGCUCUCGAAGGAAAUGACGUUGAUGAUGCUAUGGCUCCACAGAGAUGUGUUAGGGAAGCUGCAGUAAAGGGGCUUGCCUCAGAUGCAUCUUGUCCUGUUGACUCUGGGUCGAAGGUGACAUGCACUGCAGCUCCAGAGCUGUGUCAGAUGCUUUCUCUGGUUGAACCAAAUAAACUUCUUUUCGAUGGCAUUGAAGUUUGUGGCUCAAAUGACAAUCCUGUUGCUGCUUUUGAAGAAGAAAAUCAAGAAUACUCUGCGGUUACCCUAUCAAAGAUGGAGACCAUGCAAUCUCUAAAAGAAAAUCACUUUUGCCAAGAUUUUAUGAAAGAACAUUGUUCUUUAGUAUGCAGGGAGCCUCAAGAUGAUGUCUUGCAUGCAGGAGAAGUUAUGCAACGAACAAAGGAAGCUGGCAGAGUUUCAGAGGGAUGUGCAAGCAAGAGUCUUAAAUUGGUUGAAGUGGAUGACUCAGAGUGUCACCCCCUCCCCAGUUCAUGCAUUAAGCAUUCUCAGGCACCUGCCCAGUUGCCUGUGAAACCAACACAUUGGAUCUCUGAAAAUGAACUGACACAUCCAUCCUCUAUGAACAACUCUAUAUUAAACUGGAGCACAAAAUGUUCAGGUCAGCCAAGUGUUCAACAGGAUUGUAGCUCUGAAGGUUCAUCAGGAGAUCUGGGGAACCAUAAUAUGGAAGAGCAAUGUAGUGUACCUCACAUUGAUGUGUUAACAAGCAUUGUAGCAAGCAGGCAGUCUGAGACCAAUUCCUCAGUUGAACCAAAGGAUCACCUACUUGAUGCUAAGAAGCACCUUAAUUUGGAUAGGAAUUCUAUUGUUUCCUUGGUGAAAGAAACUAAGGGCAGCAAUUCUGUGAGUGAUAUGAAGUUGGACACUGUGCAGUCAAUGAAAGAAGAAUCGUUCCACAGAUCUUUGAAAACAGCACAUGUUUCUCCAGCAAAUGCACAGAUUCAGGAUGAGGUUGUCUUACCUGCCAUAGAAGAUGUGAGAAGUACAGAUGAAAAUAAAAGGGUCUCUGGUGAAGCUCAUGAAGAGAUUUCUGGGUUACUUGUAAUGAUGAAGCCAAAAUGUGGUCCCCAAUUUAUACACUGUGAUGAUAUACCUUCACAUAUAAUGGUCAUGUCAGCUUUGGAAGUGAUGUCUGGGGGCGAUGUUAGUGAGAAACAUUCCAUUCGAAGUCCUGUGCAGUGUCCAACAGAUGAGAAUUUUGAGGGAAUGCUCGUCAAAGAAACAAAUGGCAGUUCAAGUAAACUGACAGACCCCCUUCUCAGUGAUGGUCCGGAGUUAUUGUUAUCUGAAACAGAUGAUAUAUGCAUAGAAGCUGAAAAAGCUGAGACCACUGCAGUGCGACUUGGGAAGAGAAGUUUUGCAAUGCUGACAUCAAUAUCUGAUGCUGCUGAAAAUCAUGAUGUGGAGGCAGAAUGCCAGCAUCUGCCGAGAAGUUCAAAUAUUAGUGAUAAGAUUAUUGGUUCUUGUAAAUCAAAUGAUUCUGUUUUAGUUUCUUCAAAACAAGUUGGUGAGUGUUUUUCACCUCAGGAAACUGUUGUUAAUACUGGUGUCAGACAUAUCGAGGAGAAGCUUACAGUCAGGAAGAUGCCAAAUACGGCUGAAGCUUCAAGAAACUCAAGCAGUCUUGAUAAGAAUCUUGGUUCUUGUAGAGCGAAUGCUAUCGGUUUACCUUCUCCAGAAGAAAUUUCCAUUCAGCUGGAAACCAUCAAUGGUGAUAUUUGUGCACGUGCAAAGAAUGUUAUAGAGAAGGAUGCCAUUCAGCACUUAGAAACACCAAAUAAUAUAGAAGCUCAAAUUGCAGCACCAGAAGCUCGUUACUCCUUAAGGAGCUUGAGUAGCCAGCAAAAAAACCUUGGUUCUUUUAGAUUAAUUGGAAUCAAUGCUACAAGCAGUUCGAAACGAUCAAGGGAUAUUGUUGCCCCUGCAUGUGAAAUUUCAUGGCCUAAAAGGAGAAAAUUAGAGGGACGAUCAAAUAAUAUCCUGGCUACUUCUCCUAGGAUGAGGUUUAAACCUCUCCUGCAUGUUCAUAAGGGCAGUGACUGGAGAAGCCAGAUGAGUUCAGAAAAUGCUUUAGGAGAUGGUAUGGAUUUUCAGUCUUCUCUAUCACCAAGUGAGUUGAAAAUUGAGAUAGCAAAUGCAGCCCUCGACAGUCCUCUUGAAGUUCUACAAAUUAGCAAGAAGCUCUGUGUGAGAGAGGAUGAUUCUUGCUUAAAACCUGAGGAACGAACUAUGGUGGCUUCAUUGCAAACCGAACAUAGACAAGGAGUCUCUUUUCAUUAUUUGGUAGAGGGAAUAUCUGGAACUUGUUUAACAAAAAAAGUGGGUGCAUCUAAAUUGUCUGACUUUAAACUAAAAGAACAUUGUUUUUCAGAAGAUAAUCAUGAUCUAAUGCGAAGUAGGAGCACAUUAAGUCCUGAAAUAAUUAAGAGUCCCGGUUAUCAUGUGGAACUUACUGAAGAGACCAAUAUGGAUGAUACAGAAAGAAGUUUUUACACAUAUGACAUGGCUGAUUGUGAUGAGACCAUGCCGGAGUUCGAGGGAUUCAGCAUUGGUGUUCCUUCUACUAUGGAGAACAGUGUCUUAUGCAAUUCUGAUCUUCAAAGUUAUACAAAAGCACAGGAUACUGUGCUUGAGCAGUUGUGCAGCACUAGGAAUUUGGUUACCCCAAGAUCUUGUCGUUCUGCCAAGUAUAAGAUUAAUAGACUUCCUGAUGUGUAUCAAUCUUUACCUGCUGGGACUCUGGAGCAUAUGGAGUCAACCAAUCCACUCCAUCUUAAUGAUGUUGAUAUCAAACAAUUUAGGGAAAGUGAAGAUGACAAGUUUUCUGGUUUUUCUGGCAACUUGGAAUUAGAAUAUGAUGGCUAUGGAAAGUCUCAUUUUCAUAGUAUGCCUUCUUCAAGUACAAGAUUUGGACGGCUUGCUAGUAAGCAUCCUUUGACCCCUCCAGUUGAAAAGUCCUGCCAGAGAAAGGUUUCGGGGAGAAGUGAUGCCAGUUCAGAGACAGUGGGUUCUAACCCAGAACUUGUAUGUUUUCGUAUCAAUGAAAAUACCAGCACUACUGAUGAAAAUGAAAAUCCAGAUGAAUUAGACAUGUCCAAAGAGAGGGUUGGCUCAAGAGAGUUCAAGGUGUCAACUAACAGAAAAGUACUUCUAGAUGUCACUGCACUAUAUCAGAAUGCACCAACAGUGGCUUCUGUUUCGGAGAAGUUUGCUGAAAGAAGCAACCUACAAUCUGUAAACACAGAGUCUUACUCUGGUACUCAAAAGGGUGUCUGUAUGAUUGUGGAAAAUGCUUGUGCCAAAAAGCCUAAGAUAGUUGAUAAGGAGAAUCAUAGCCUUCCGGUUGAUGGAAAUCGAGUUCAGAAGGCAGCUGAAUCUAUCAAUAGCAGGUUUAGCAAACCAGAGAUUUCUAGAAAAGCAGAUGAUAGAAACAAAAACCGGCCACAUCUGGAAAAAGGAUGCAAGCCCAGCAAUAUCAUGUCCAAUAUAUCUUCUUUUAUUCCACUUGUACAACAAAAGCAGCAAGCAGCAACUGCAAAAGGGAAGAAAGAUAUUAAAGUCAAAGCAUUAGAGGCUGCUGAAGCUGCGAAGCGUCUUGAAGAAAAGAAACAAAAUGAGCGUGAAAUGAGGAAAGCAGCUGCAAGGCUUGAGCGUGCAAGGUUGGAACGGGAGAAAGAGCUCAAGCAAAAGCAAAAAGAAGAGGAAAGGAAGAAAAAAGAAGCAGAAGUUGCUGCAAGGAAGAGGCAAAGAGAAGAAGAAGAGAGAAAGGAAAAGGAAAGAAAGAGAAGAUGCAUUGAAGAAGCUCGAAAAUUGCAAAGGGAACAGGAGGAAAAAUUACGUGCUGAGAAAGAGGAAAGAGAGCUUCGGCGCAAAGCUGCAGAUGAGAAAGAACAAAGGAACAAAGAACCCAUGGAACAGGCAAAUCAACAAUCAAAAUCAGAAAAGGAAGGGGAAAUUGCUGGGUGCAAAAAAGAUGCUGAGUUGGAACCCAGCACCACCGAGGUGGUAAUGAGGGAAGGCAUACAUGGAAAUAAUAGCUUUGCAGGCCCUGAUUUUUCUAAAGAACUAAAUGAUCUUGAAAAGUCGUACGAGAUGUCUCCAUACAAAGACUCUGAAGUUGAGGAUGAUGAUGCAGAAGAUGAAAUUAGGCGUAGAAGAAAGUACAUUCCUUCAUGGGCAAGGAGAGAAUGCUUGGAGCAAAUUUUACUUCUCAAGCAGCAUCUAGACCCAACAGAAAUCUUCUGUCGUAAGAAUUCUUUUGAUUUAAGUGAAGUACUUUUGCCUCAUAUUCUUCGGCUGCCAUCGUGAUCACAUGGUGAUGUUCGGUCAGUUGCCUGCGUGGUGAUCCUUUGAUCUGGAUUGGUGGUGUAUCUGCGGAGCUCCCACAAUGAUCUGGUUGUUGGGCCAUAGGGUUCCCCUUCUUUAGGCAUCAUUUAUUUGCCGGAGGAUUGGUACCAGGACAACCGUUGGCAGGGUUACCAUCUGGAGACCUUGUCCCUUUUUUCCCGGGUUUGGUGGAGUGGGGUGCUCAAUGAGAUGUACAUGCUCGACCAGAACCAGCACUCUCCACCCUCCCAUCCCCCAACCCCCCACAAACACCACCACCAGCAACAUUUAUUGCAUGUGAGGUUCGCAGCUCUGAUAUCAUCAUGCUGUCAGUAUAGUGCUCGAUAUGCAGCUUGUAUACUAACACUACUGAUGUUGUACCAAUUAUUUGAAUGCAAUCAGACCACUGCAUAGCCUUAUUUUGCAGGUCUACAGAAAGUGGAUGCUCCAUGGUUAUACCUUCCUUUUCUGUGUACAUAAGAAAUUCAA